AUGAUAACCGCCAAAAUUUGGCUCGGAAAAGCAAGUCUUAUGACAGAGUGGUUAUUUGUGGUGAAUACUCUUCCAACAAAUAACACCUGGAGGGAUAUUACCUUGGUUUCGUCUAGAACAUUGGUAGUACCUAUUAAAAGUAAAAGUGCUGGUGAUGUUAGAAACGCAAUGAAAAGUGUUAUACAACAAGCUCGCAAACCGAAAAAUCUUCAUGUUGAUAGUGGUAAAGAGUUUUAUAACAAGGAACUUAAAGAUCUCAUGAAAAAAUAUAAAAUAGAUAUGGACUCUACAUUCAGCUAUUUGAAAGAAUCCAUAUGUGAACGUUUCAAUCGAACUUUUAAAAAUAUAAUGUGGCAACAAUUCACCUUGCGAGGUACUUAUGAAUGGGUUUAUAUACUCGAUGAUUUGGUGACUUAUUAUUAUAAUACUAAGCAUCGUACAAUUAAAAUGAAACCUGUUGAUGUAUCUACUUCUAAUGAACAAGUAAUUCUAAGAACAGUUUACAAACCUCUUCAGACAAACAAUCUGAAGUUGAAGGAAAAUAAAUUUAAAGAAGGAAAUAAAGUUCGAAUUAGCAAGUAUAAACAUGUUUUUGAAUAA